ACAGUAUCCAGGUAAAUAAAUCUCAGGUCAUCAUGGCGGCGCCGGGGUACCAGCUGAUUCUACCGGCAGUUCAAGUUGUAAACACUCUCCUAGCGUCUGGCCGCUGGACAGAACUUCUCUCAAUAAUCAAAGGGUUCAGAAAUGGUAUCGUAUACGGGGUUAAAAUCCGCGCUCCACAUGCACUGGUUAUGACAUUUCUCUUCAAGGAGGGAAGCUUAUUGGAGAAGUUGAAAGUCAUAGCAGAGGCGACACACCUCCAUGCCCGUAACCUGUCCAUGUUUGUGGUCCUGUAUAAAACCUUAACAACACUUCUACGGAAGGCAGAGCAGAAACCUCAGCAGUAUCACUCCUUCAUAGCUGCCUUCAUUGGAGGGUACUAUGUCUUCGGCAAGAACAAUCGUAUAAAUGAACAGAUCAACCUGUACCUGUUAUCCAGGAUCCUGCUGGGCCUGUCCAGACUGGCUGUCCAGCGUGGGAUAGUCCCCACUCCCAAAUAUGACACCUUCCCAUGGUUUGGUGCAAUGGUGUGGGGGGUGGUGCUGUGGUUGUUUGAAUAUCAUAAGGAUGUUCUCCAGCCCUCCCUACAGAACUCAAUGACUUACCUGUAUCACGACAGCAAUGUCUGGCACAGCAUCAUGGACUUUAUCGUGUACAACAGGAUUUAAUUUAAAGACACACAGUACAGUGGUAGAUACCGAUACAUGAAACUUUGCUGCUGCCAUUUGCAGAAAAGUGUGAAUGAAGGAUUGGAAGAAAAAAUCAGUAAUGUCAAGAAUUUCAAAAAUCUGGGUAUGGGUGAGCCUAGACCACAUACAUAUAUUGGCAAAGGUUUCCUUUUCAAGACUGAAACGUUUAAUAUGUGAGUAAUGAAAAUUGUACAGUUCUAAUGUGCCUGUGUAUCUAUUUGAAUACAGAAUUUGUAUUUGAAUCAUUUAUUCAUUAGUUCUAUCACACAUGUAAGCACAGAGGUAAAGAAAUGACAUUAGCAAUGUACAGAAAUAUAUUUGACAAUUUUUCAAUGGUGACAUAUGAUUAUGUGAAUUAUUUCUAUAAGAAUUCAUACAUAUUAAUAUAAAAAGCUUGAAUGAUUUUUAUUUUCUAACUGGUGUUCCAUAAUUGUAUUGUUUCUGGGUGGUUUUAUAUGACUUAACAUGUGUUACAGCAACUUAAGUGAUUAAAAUGGCUAAUCUUUAUAAACAGUAAUUUGUAAAUCGUCUAAGAAUUCACAGGUAUUGCCAUAUCUGUAAAAAGUAUGCAAUUUAGCCUUUGGCUGUGAUAUACUUUUAAUAACUGAUCAUAAUGAUCACAAUAAACCAUUUAUUCAUUCAUUCUUGCUGCUGGAGUUUGUUCUGUGCU